AGGGUCUUCUGGGUUCCGUGUGUGCAUGUGGAGACUCAGCCUCGCCUCUUCUUUUCCAGUCUCUAGCCAUACUGAAAGAGCGCCUGGAACCGUCGGAUUUAUGCUGCGUUGAGAGUACACCUGGGGAAGUCUUCACAGUUUGCUACACUCUCCCGAGAAGGAGGGAACAUGAACAGAUUUCAGGCCUCAGUGUCGUUCAAGGACGUGGCUGUGGAGUUCACCCAGGAGGAGUGGCAGCACCUGGGCCCUGCUCAGAGGACCCUGUACAGAGAUGUGAUGCUGGAGAACUACAGCCACCUUGUCUCUGUAGGGUAUUGUUACACAAAACCAGAAGUGAUCUUCAGGUUGGAGCAAACAGAAGAUCCAUGCUCAUCAGAGAAUGAAUUUCUAAACAGGAGCUCCCCAGAAAACUGCCACCAUGAUAACCUCUUAGAGAAGAGCCAAGAAAUCCAAGCCAAACAUUUAUGGCAAGUUUUAUUCACUCAACUUCUGGGAAGUGAUACAGAAGGGAAAAUUGUCAGUCAGAAGUCAUAUUUCAGAGAAAACCAGAGAAGUCACAUAUGGGUGAAAGACUUUGAAUGUGGAAAAAACUUCAGCCCUAAUUCAACUCACAGAACUGAGGAAUCCUGUGAUUGUAACAUGUGUAGGGAAACCUUCAGCUGUCGAUCAACCUUCAGUGUACAUCAGAGGACUCACUUAAUAGCAAAACCCUAUGAAUGUAGUGAAUGUGGAAGAUCCUUCUGUAAGAAGUCACAACUGAUUCUACAUCAGAGAAUUCAUACAGGGGAGAAACCUUAUGAAUGUAUCAAGUGUGGGAAAGCCUUCAGCCUCACAUCAGGCCUACGAAAACAUCAGAGGAGUCACACAGGGGAGAAACCUUAUUCAUGUAUUGAAUGUGGGAAAACUUUUAGCCGAAAAUCAGGCCUAAGAGUACAUCAGAGAACUCAUACAGGGGAGAAACCAUAUGAAUGUAAUGAAUGUGGGAAAACUUUUGUCCAGAAUUCAACUCUUAGAACACAUCAAACAAUUCACAAAGGGGAAAAACCUUAUGAAUGCUGUGAAUGUGGUAAAACCUUUGCACAGAAUUCAACCCUCAGAACACAUCAGACAAUUCACAGUGGUCUGAAACCCUAUGAAUGUAAGGACUGUGGGAAAGCUUUCAACCAGAAGUCAAGCCUGGCAAUACAUCAAAGAACUCACACAGGGGAAAAGCCCUAUGAAUGUAAUGAAUGUGGAAAAUCUUUCAGUCAGAAGUCAAGCCUAGGGAAACACCAGAGAACUCACACAGGGGAGAAGCCUUAUGAAUGUAAUGACUGUGGGAAGGCUUUCACUGCAAAGUCAGGCCUACUUGUACAUCAGAGAACCCACACAGGGGAGAAACCUUAUGACUGUAGUGAAUGUGGAAAGGCUUUCAGUGAAAAAUCUGGCCUAAGAUUACAUCAGAGAACUCACACAGGGGAGAAACCCUAUGAAUGUAAUGAAUGCGGGAGAGCUUUCACCUACAAAUCAAUUCUCAGAGGACAUCAAGGAACUCAUAAAGGGGAGAAACCCUAUAAAUGUGAUGAAUGUGGGAGAGCUUUCAGUCAGAAGUCAGGCCUAAGGAAACAUCAGGGAACCCACACAGAGGAGGAACCCUAUAAUGUAAUGAAUAUUGGAAAAGUUAGAAGUCAAACCUCAGAGACACACACAUAGUGAAAACUUUAUGAAUGUAUUGACUGGAGAAAUUUCACUACAAGUUAGAUACAUCAGAGAACUACAAUUCUUCUGUCCUGUAAGCUGAAAAGUGUUUUCCUGAAUGUUUUCCGGAGUUGUCAUUUGCCUGAAUCUUUGCUUGAGUUGGUCACUCCCACACUCCAGCAAGCCUGGACCUGCCCAACUCUCUCUAUGGCUCACCCUGGCAUCUUACAGCUAAUACAAAACUGCUUUUUGAAUUAAUGAAGGAGAUUCACCCUCCAAAGAGGAUAUGUAAACAUUAGCCUUUCCUGGUACAGACAGCUGAUGGAGAAUUGGGUAUCAGUAAUCCAUGUAAACCUAUAAUGGGAUGAUCAGACAGAACUGGGUUGGAAUCCUGGCUGCUUGCUAGGCCAUGACCUCACCUCUCUGAGCCUCAGUUUACUCAUUGGUGACAUCAAAACAGAGAUGCCCACUUUGUCGGGUUGUAAUAAAGGAUAAAGUGCUUAAGUAUCCUAACACUGGUAGGAUACCAGUUGCCAUGACGUUCUUCAGUUUCUCCUCCUAAGAGAAUCUUAACGGAAAACAUUAAAAGAGGCAAAGGGAGACUGACGUAUAGAGGUGACACAACUUGAAAAUGAAAGAGACCUGAAGGAGAGAGAAAUCAAAGCAAGAGGACAAUCUGCAAUGCUAUGGAGGAAUCAUGGCUCCAUUUCUUGGUCCCCAGGCUUUAACCCCUUGUUAAAUGAUUUUGACAGUUCAUUGCCAGAGAUUUACUUCACUUGUUUUCACAGAUGAAAUUUCAGGGCCUACCUCUGCAGCUAUCUCAAUGUAUGACUGGGUUGAAACUUGCCCAAAAUUGGAACUCUGAUGUCACAGCACAGCUGGGUGCACUAAGGUUUUGGGUGAAAUAUGAGUUUCUCAACCCUCAAUCUUUCCUUAACCUCUGUCACAAUUUUUAAAAAUAUCUGAAGACCAAUUACAUAAUAUUUCUAUUUUUGCCUAAA